GACACCAUUGUUGAAUUCGUGAGUGGUGGGGCCAAAAACUACGGUUAUCUGACGAAGAAAGGCAAGACAGAAUGCAAGGUCCGUGGUUUCACACUAAACUACAAAACCCUGCAAACCUUAAACUACGAAACCAUGAAGAACAACAUCUUGAACGAACUGGACGACCCAUUGGAAGAGCAACGCAAGAUCCCGAUCACCAUUCCUGACUACUUAGAUCGGGACCAAGUGACCAAGAAGAUCAAGAUCACCAAGCGCUUCAAGAACUAUGGUCUUGUUUUUGACAAACGUGUCAUUGACCCCACCACUCGCGUAUCAACCCCCUACGGUUAC